UCCGCCUAUAUAAGGCCGGCACAGGCGUGGGAGCGCCUCUUUUCCUGUGGCACGCCACCGAAGAUUCUGGUGUCGCCAUGGGUCGCCGCCCCGCUCGGUGUUACCGAUAUUGUAAGAACAAACCGUACCCCAAAUCUCGCUUUUGCCGAGGUGUGCCUGAUGCCAAGAUCCGCAUCUUUGACCUGGGGCGGAAGAAGGCAAAAGUGGACGAAUUCCCACUUUGUGGCCACAUGGUGUCUGAUGAAUAUGAGCAGCUCUCCUCCGAAGCCCUGGAGGCUGCCCGUAUUUGUGCCAACAAGUACAUGGUAAAAAGUUGUGGCAAAGACGGCUUUCAUAUUCGAGUUCGGCUCCACCCUUUCCACGUCAUUCGCAUCAACAAGAUGUUGUCCUGUGCUGGGGCUGACAGGCUCCAGACAGGUAUGCGGGGUGCCUUUGGGAAGCCCCAGGGCACAGUGGCCAGGGUUCACAUUGGCCAGGUAAUCAUGUCCAUCCGCACCAAGCUGCAGAAUAAGGAACAUGUGAUUGAGGCCCUACGCAGGGCCAAGUUCAAGUUCCCUGGCCGCCAGAAGAUCCAUAUCUCAAAGAAGUGGGGCUUUACCAAGUUUAAUGCAGAUGAAUUUGAAGACAUGGUAGCUGAGAAGCGGCUCAUCCCUGAUGGCUGUGGGGUCAAAUAUAUCCCUAAUCGUGGUCCCCUGGAUAAGUGGCGAGCCCUGCACUCAUGAGGGUUCCCACUGUGCUGUUCCCUCCUUAAUCACCUUAAUCAUGUGCAACAAUAAAUCAUCCUGACCACUUACA